CUGGGUUGGGCCCGGCCUCCGCCUCCCCCGCGACCUCCCCGAUAACGGCGGGCGCGGCGCAAGACGCUGUCUCCCUGACAACGGCGGCAUCGAGUCUCAGGACCCCUGACUGAAGGGGCCUUCAGCCGGCAGGUUUGCAGGAGGCUUAUGCUAAUAAGUAAAAUAACAAGAGCAAAAUGACGUUAAGGAAAGUGAACAUUUCCAUCCUUAUAGUGGCUGUUGUCAUAUUUUUGCUAGUUCUUCAUCAUAACUUUCUAGGCCUCAGUGACUUCUUGAAACGGGAGUUAUCAGAUUCAAAUCCAUUAGGACUUCAGCCUAUUGAUUUCAUACCUGCAGCUCCCCAGAGGCUGGCAGAUGAGAGGAAUGAUAAGGAGAUUUCUGUGGUCAUUGCAGCGUCAGACGAGAGGCUUGGGGGUGCAAUUGCAGCCAUGAACAGUAUUUACCGCAACACCAGAUCCAAUGUGGUUUUCCAUAUUGUUACUUUGAAUGAUACUGUGGAUCACUUGAGGCUGUGGCUAAGUAACACUGCCCUGAAAAAUUUGAGAUACCGGAUUUUGGAUUUUGACCCUCGUGUCUUAGAAGGGAAAGUACAAGUGGAUCCUCAAAAAGCAGAUGCCUUAAAACCAUUAACCUUUGCAAGAUUCUAUUUGCCCAAUUUGGUACCUCAUGCAGAGAAGGUCAUCUAUGUGGAUGAUGAUAUCAUAGUGCAAGAUGAUAUUCUUGAACUUUACAACACUCCCUUGAAACCUGGACACGCAGCUGCAUUUUCAGAUGAUUGUGACUCAACCACUAACAAAGUUGCUGUCCGUGGAGCCGGCAAUCAGUAUAAUUACAUUGGGUUUCUAGAUUACAAAAAAGAAACCAUCCGAAAGCUUGCCAUGAAAGCCAACACCUGCUCUUUCAAUCCAGGAGUUUUUGUCGCCAAUUUGACAGAAUGGAAAUUACAGAACAUCACUAAGCAACUGGAGAAGUGGAUGGCACUUAAUGUAGAAGAGGAACUUUACAGUAGGACUCUGGCCGGUAGCAUCACGACACCUCCACUGCUAAUUGUAUUUUACAAGCAACAUUCCAGUAUUGAUCCCAUGUGGAACGUGCGGCAUCUUGGGUCUAGUGCUGGAAAAAGGUACUCUCCUCAGUUUGUGAAAGCUGCCAAGCUGCUUCAUUGGAAUGGACAUUUCAAACCGUGGGGAAGAACAGCUUCAUACACUGAAGUCUGGGAGAAGUGGUACAUCCCUGACCCUACAGGCAAGUUCAGCCUGAUCCGCAGACAUUCAGAAGCCUAUGAAGCAAAGUAGAGUCAAUUCUAGUAACUGAUGGCAUUUUCUCAGGAAACCUCUGGAGCCAAGCAGAACUUUUCUUUAGCCAACUUGUAUUACAGAGCAGUCCUUGCUCCCUGCCUUCUGGAGCACAAACAAGGUGACGCACUUAUUCUGGUGUGGUUCUGAAACACACAGGUCCAAAGGAGACUCACCUCACUUGUGUGACAGAAGAUGCUACUCCAGCAGCACUACAAAGCAAGGGAGGAUCUCCACUGACUAGCACUUUUGUUAGUUCAUUUUGGGCUGUUACAUGUUCUUCUGCUCUUUACUACAAGUCUUCUAGAGGAAAAUCAAUUUGUCAGCUACAGAACGAAACAGUUUCUAAGAAAAACAUACAACUUCAGCUGGUGCUUUCACCAUGCAAAUAUUGCACAGUAAUGUACUGUAAUUAAGAGCUGCUUGGGUUUUGUUCUGGUGGUUUUGGUUUUGUGUUUGGUUUUUGUUUGUUUUCUUAUCCUGUGAAAGUUUCAACAACCCUUUCUUGCAUGAAAUCUCCUCCCAACCAUUUCUGUGUAAGUCUUUCUUGCAGAAUUCUGCAAAAUUGAAUCUUGUUUUGAAAGAUGAAUUUUUCAAGUAUUAUUUCACUAUGCAAAGUGGUUUUAACUGCCAGUGAACACUAAAACAUUUUUGUUAAGUGGUGGAGAAAACCUUGUUGAAAAAUAAAAGCUAAUUUUAACAUGUUGACUCAAA